CAUCCUCCGCCAUUUCUCUUUUAGAGUAACAGUGUUAAUACGGUCAGUUCAGUUCUGCAGUGGGAGAGGACCAGAACAACCCUCCCUCCUACUGAAAUAUCACAUCAAACCAUAACAAGAUGGCCUCCUUGUCAGUGGACCCAGUGACGGAGCCACGGAUGUACCAGCAAACGCUCCUACAAGAUGGGCUCUGUGAUCUCCUGGAUGCUAACAAGUUUGUGGACUGCGUUCUGAAGAUCAAAGACAAAGAGUUUCCUUGUCAUCGGCUAGUGCUAGCCGCUAGCAGCCCUUACUUCAAAGCCAUGUUCCUUUCAGACCUGGAAGAGAGCAAAAAGCGGGAGAUUAUUCUAAAAGACAUCGAACCUGGAGUCAUGGGAAUGAUCCUGAGGUACAUAUACACCUCGGAUAUCAGCCUGACUGAGCAUAACGUCCAGGACAUUUUCAUGGCGGCCAACAUGUACCAGAUUCCAUCAAUCUUCAGCGUGUGUGUGUCGUAUCUGCAGCAGAAGCUGGUUCUCAGUAAUUGUCUGGCCAUCUUUAGACUGGGACUGUUGCUGGACUGUCCACGUUUGGCUAUGGAGGCUCGGGACUUCAUCUGUGACCGGUAUGCCCUCAUCAUUCGGGACCAGGACUUCCAUCAGUUGGGUCCCAGCGAGUUGGCGGCUAUCAUCACAUGUGACUCACUGAAUGUGGAACGAGAAGAGUUGGUGUUUGAAUCUCUCAUGGACUGGGUGGAGUACGACACGGGCGAGAGAUUGAAUGACCUGCCACAACUUCUACACUGCGUACGUUUCCGUCUAAUGCCGUCGAGUUACUUUAAAGAGAAAGUUGAGGGCCACAGAUUGAUCAGGACGAAUCAGGAGCUCAAGAAGGAGCUUCAGAUCAUCAAGGAUGCACAGAAAGGAUUGCUACACAGGGUCAAAAGGGUCAAGAAGGAAGGCGAGAAGGUAGAUUCUGAGGACGAGGAUGAGGAGGGUUUGCUGCCGGGAAUCCUAAAUGACAAUCCACGUUUUGGAAUGUUCCAAACAGACCUUUUAUUGAUGAUUAGCGAUACAGGAACGGUAGCGUAUGACAUUGGCGUAAAUGAGUGCUACGUGGCGUCUUCAUCCACUGAGAUCCCUAAGAACCACUGCAGUCUUGUCACGAAGGAAAAUCAGAUAUUUGUCGCUGGAGGUCUGAUGUACAAUGAAGAGAACAAAGAACAGCCGUUCAGUUCGUACUUUCUUCAGUUUGAUCCCAUGAGCUCUGGAUGGUUGGGGAUGCCCUCACUACCAGACCCUCGCUGUCUGUUUGGUCUGGCGGAGGCUGAGAACUCCAUCUAUGUGGUGGGAGGAAAAGAGCUGAAGGAGGGAGAACGUGCACUAGAUUCUGUUAUGAUCUACGACAGACAGUCAUUCAAAUGGGGAGAGUCAGACCCUCUUCCAUAUGCAGUUUAUGGACAUGGAAUUGUUUCACACAAAGGACUGGUCUAUGUGAUAGGUGGAAAAACCGAGAGCAAGAAAUGCCUGAGGAGAGUAUGUGUCUAUAACCCCUCUAAGUUUGAAUGGAAGGAUCUGGCACCCAUGAAAACCGCCCGCUCGCUGUUCGGCACUGCUGUUCACAAAAACAAAAUCUACGUGGUGACUGGAGUCACUGAUAAUGGCCUGACUAGUAGUGUGGAGGUCUAUGACAUCGCCAGCAACUCCUGGUCGGAGUUUGUGGAGUUUCCUCAGGAGAGAAGCUCUCUUAACCUGAUCGAACUGGGCGGCUGCUUGUAUGCUGUGGGGGGUUUUGCUAUGAUGCCCAAUGAGACCACAGAAAAACUGGAGCCCACUGAAAUGAAUGACAUAUGGAGGUUUGAGGAGGAGGAGAACUGCUGGAAUGGGAUCCUGAGGGAGAUCAGUUAUGCUGCAGGGGCCACAGUGGUUGGAGUGCGUCUGAACACCUUGAGAUUCACAAAGAUGUGAUCUACAGCUGUCAUCUAUUGACAAAAUA